GGAUGACAGAGCAUGAAAUCGUGGUACACAAAUGUAGAGGUACUCCUUGUUUACUCAGAAUGAAAUGGAAUCACAUCUGGCAUGAAGGAAAAGAACUGUAAUGCUGCCUUUGGGGAGCAAAAAAGUUGCAGUGAAACAAAAGAAAUGUAAUGGCUUUUGAGGCGGAGAAAGAUUGAAAUUGAGAUCUACCGCGAAUGUUUCUGUUGAGUUUUGAUAGAACAAAGUGACUUUUGCCCACAUCGACAUGCACUAUACGCGCGUCAAAUAUCAACGAACUGAAAAGAUGAUGAUAUUUUUUCGCAAAACAGGAGUAACCAUUUCCAAAUGUACUAUUCGCGCCAGCGAUUGCUCUUCUUUGGUUGGUUUUAAAAGUAGUAAUCCGCUACUGGGGAUUUUCAAUCCAAACCCUUGGAAUUCUACGACAAGAGACGAGUUUUUGCUGAUCUGCUUUCUAUUCUUUAUCAUUUUUCAGACCGCAACCCGUUCUACUCGCAUUUGUCUGCCAGUAUCCAAGGCCUCACCACUAUCCGAGCGUACACGGAAGAAGAAAGAUUUCGGCACCAAUUUCACGUGUACCAUGAUGAUCACACAGCUUCAUGGUUUCUUUUCAUGACAGCUUCAAGGUGGCUUGGCUCCAGGCUUGAUUUCAUCUGUUCUGUCUUUGUUACUUUUGCAGCAUUCACGCCUUUGCUUAUGGCAGAAGGAGGAAUAAGUACGUCUGUUUUAUGACGCGGACAAUUGACCCCAGUUUGCCAUCCCCCUAUUCAUUUUUAGAUCAGAGAUGACGUGAAUGAUUGAUGUCCCCUCUCAACUUCUUGUCAUGCGUGAUCUGGAACUACUUAAAGGAUGAGACGUAGGAUCUUUGUAUAAGUCACCAUUAAGGAACGACUGACUUGACUGCGAUUUGAAUUUCGAGUAUUGUUAAUGAUCUCGUCAUUUCCACGUUUACAAGACUGCUAUUGGUCGAGACCUUGCCUUCGCCCUGAAUAAAAUUCAGACUUCCUCAUAGCAAUAACCAUGUAGGUUUCGUGGGGAAUUUACGUCACGGUGUUCUUAAAAACCAGUAAUUGUAAAGCUACCACUGCUGCGAAGUGCUUUAUCUUUUGCAAGAAUUAUUGAAAAGUUUAAGAAAUAUUUCGAACACGGGAAGGCGUGUAAACUAAUUUCCCAUCACCGAGACAAGGGUAAAUGGACUCAGACGUUUUGCUUCGGCCAAAAUCCUCUGUUUUAAUCGUUAAAAUAAAAAAUCUUUAGCCCCGGCUACAUCUCGUUUGCUUGCCAGUGUCUCGCAUGUUGUUUUUUCGCGUAUUUUCAGUCUAGAACUACUAGGAACGAAAAUAUAACCAUCUUUUUUCCUAUUUACUAAAGAGAUGUCUGCUGGGCUUGUUGGCCUGUCCCUGACCUACGCCAAGGUAUUAACCGGAUCAUUUCAGUGGUGCAUACGACAAAGUGCAGAAGUUGAGAACCUGGUAUGUGGCAUUAAGUGUUUAUGAUAAUUUAACACUGCAAAGAUCUUAUUCAAAUCAUUUACUCGGUAAUAAAAUUGUUGCUUUUUGUGUCAGCUUUGACAUGGACAAGUGACAUAAACCCAGCACAAAAAGUCGGUCUCAUUCAGAGUCACCGCCCAAGAUAUCUACUUAUUUUGUAUCGAUUGAUAAACUGGCAAGAUUCUUUUGUCAACUUGAAAACACCAGGUGCAACAGUGUUGUUAGACUCUAAAAAACAUGGACAGCUAAACUGUCAAGUGGCUUUUAUCUUUCCAAUAGCUUCAUUCAUUAUUUUUCCCGAGAAAAUCGGGGCGCAAAACUCAGCCUUGUGUCAUCAUAUAUUUAUUUGUUUUCUUGUCGGUUAAGUUAUAGAAAAAAAACAAAGGCUCUGUCUUUCUUUACGUGAAAUAUAAGUUUCUUUCAGUUUCGUCCCGAAGCCAUUGACAGAUGACAUCACAUUUGAAAUCGCCGAGGACGAAUGGUGACGAGGCUGAGUUUAUCUAUAAAUUUUUUUGUUACUUUUGACAGUCGCCAGUGACUUAGUUAUUGUGUUUAUCGUGUAGAUGACAUCAGUAGAGCGUGUUAUGGAAUACACUAAACUGGAACAGGAAUCCCAACGUAAAGACAAGUCUGUUGCUGUGCCAGAUAAUUGGCCCAAGUACGGAAUAAUAACAUCAGAGGGCCUUUACUAUUCACAUCAUCACACUUUGCCUUAUGUGUUGAAGAAACUGAAUUUCUGCAUCAGGGCGGAAGAAAAGGUAAUAAGACCUUAAUGUUACCGUUCUGUACUGGAAUGAAAUAUACUCCGUCGUAAAGCGGUGCAGUGUAAUUGGCGUAUCUCACUGGAGGAUAAGUUCCUUUGGACCCGAAGUAAAGGAGCAGCACUAUCGAAAUACUUAUAAUGCAGCUGCCCCCAAAACCUUUUGCACAAGUGUUAUUUUCAGUUUCUCUUGUGCAGACUGUAGUACCCAGGAGAAAAUGAAAACCACCCAACCCAACCCAUGAUGUGAAUGAUGUGAUGUGUGAAGGCUGACCACAACACCGUGGCCUACGUCAUGCAAAGAAACUGGUGAAUACUCUCUGAAGGGGCCCUUUUUUAGUUGUAGGUUAAAUACAGGUCCAGUGCUUUUAUGAAAUUAAUUGCUACUGGAUGGAUCCCUGUUUUUAACAGUUGAAAUGAAUUCAAAAUUAUUCGAUAUGAAAAGCUCUCUCUUUGAGUUCAAAUAAUUAACAAUAAAACAACGAAAAAGAAUUUUACAAUCGGAGUGUCGGAAGAACCCAGUAGAUAACGUAACUUGCCACAAGUUUCCCACUGACUUAGUAGUUACAGUGCUUGACCCACACUUUGGUGGACAGGUCAAGGUUCUUCUCAAGCGCUUCCUCGCUGUUAUUUGUUUGUUUUUGCUCUUGCCUCAACUAUCGCCUGUUGGUCGUUAAGGGACUGCUUGUUAUGCAGGCUGGUGGCAAUGACUUCAACACAUUUGUUGUUUCCGCCACCAAGACAGAAAUUCAAGUCCUCUUUUCACUGUUAUUCCAGGUUGGUGUUGUCGGUAGAACUGGAGCUGGAAAGUCGUCACUAAUGGCCGCCUUAUUCAGACUGGCAGAACCAGAAGGCAACAUUCGAAUAGACGCUGUGCCGAUUACAGACAUUUCUCUGAGUGACUUGAGAAGUAACCUUUCCAUCAUUCCUCAGGUAUAAUGUUGGACAUUGGUGGCAACUACGCAUCUUUUGCCUGUGAUCGUAACCUUUGAUUUGAACUAUGAAGACGUCAAUAAAUCGUAUUUAAAUGUAACAAAAAUUAGUAUCUAAGUACCAGUUAUAUUAUUUAAUGUCCACUGAAGUAAAAUUCUUUCACUGAGUGCUGUUAUCCUGGGAUCUAGUGUUUUAUUAAACUGUUAUUCUUUGGGACACGGUCAUAUGUUGUCUUCUUAAGCCUGUUACACACUAGCUAGGGAAUCAGUUUAGGGGACUGGGAGCGAGAAGAACAAGAACAGCAAGAACGAAUCCCCUCGGUUGACACCCUUUUUAUGACAAAAAUGUAAUUUCUUUAGAAGGUUAUCCAAUGAGGCACUUGUUAUACUCGCGGGGGAAUAAACUGUCUGGUUCAAGAAGCUUUCACCUCCAAAUGCAAAUGACACUGAACCAAGUUGAAUUGUGAAGGGGGCUCCAUUUUAGGAAAGUAUCGUCUGGCCAUAUAAUGAGACGCCUGCGCAGAAGGUUUAGCUGAUGUCUUUUUUUAUCCUUUUUAGGACCCAGUUCUCUUCAGUGGAAGUGUUAGAAAAAAUUUAGAUCCUUUCAAUCAGUAUGGGGACUCGGAGUUGUGGAACGCCUUGGAAGAGGUUCGUUAGUAGGAAUGAUAACACAUUGUUGUGUAAUUUUACAAAUAAUACCCUAUGCUGUACACCUUUGUUUGAUUUUGUUAUUAAGGUUUGAAUAAAGAUCUCUAUUCGUAGUGAAAAGAAACAGUGCCGUUAGAAACGAAAAUAUAUACAGAAGAAAAGUAGGAGUGGUUAUUUUGCAAGAAAGUCUACUUUACCAUUUUAGAAACUAAUCCCUUCCCUUUGUUUUUUUUUCUUGGGGUGGGGGUGGGGGGCGACACCUUUAAUUCAAGCUAUGGUAUUUCUCACGUUAUGUUCUAUCUCGUCUAAUCUUCAGGUACAACUCAAGGAAACUGUAUCAGAGUUGCCGGAUGGCCUGGAAACUAAACUUACUGAGGGAGGCUCAAAUUUCAGCGUGGGUCAGCGGCAACUCGUGUGCCUAGCACGCGCUAUCCUGAAACACAACAAAAUAUUAGUCAUUGACGAAGCAACGGCAAACGUCGAUCUUAGGUAAUAAUAUAUAGCACGACUACUUGGUAAUACUCUGUUUUAACACAUAGUAAACAAUUGUUGUCGGUUGGCAGCGUGGAGAUCUGUAGAUUUGAUAACUCUAUCAUGUCAUUUCAUCUUUAUUUCAGUACGGAUGCAUUAAUUCAGGAGACAAUACGAAGCAAGUUUCAGCGUUGUACUGUCCUGACUAUUGCCCAUCGUCUGAAUACGAUCAUGGACUCAGACAGAGUAAUGGUAAAAAUUACAUCUUCGCUUUUUCAUUUAUAUACUGCGACUGUUCUUUCUUAACCAUUCCACCUUCACUUCACUCGACCCUAGUAGUUUAUCAUUUUAGUGAACUUUACUCGAUUGUAUUCCACCCAACUUUUUCAUGUUCUAGGUUACCUGUACUUCUUCCUUCUUUCUACUCGUUGUGUCUUUAAUCCACAGUCUCUACCGUCCUAUUAGACUGCCACAUCAAUCCCUACUGUACCCUACCCAACCUUAUUCUUUUCUACCCCUUUCCCCCCCACCCCACCAUACCCUCUAACGUGUACCCCACAUUAACUCCCUACUCUGUCCAAUACACUAUAGUAUUCCUUAUCCUACUCUACCAGAGCUCCACCCGUUUCGUAUUUCACCCUACCCUCCCGAUACUACCCUACCUUACCUUACGGCAACUAAUAAGAUCCGCCCAUACACACACACGUACUUUACCAUCCCCUUCCCUCCCCUCCCUACCCUCCCUACCCUCCCUACCCUUUUCCUACUCCACUUGACGCAAUGUUUGCGUCAUAAUUUUUACCGUUUUUAUUUAGUUAAUUGAAUAUCACCUUGGAAACAUACUUUUCGUUAAAUUUACAGGUGCUGGAUGAGGGAAAGCUUGUGGAAUUUGACGAACCUUACCUCUUACUCCGAAAUGAAGAGAGCAUAUUUUCCCAAAUGGUAGAACACACCAGCAGACAAUUGGCAUCAAAUCUUUACGAUGUGGCACGGGAGGCUUACUUCGCCAGACACGAAAUCACGGAUGACUCUGAGGUGGACGUGAUACCAAGAUACAUGAAUGGCGACGUAACACCCUUGCAAGAACAGAGACCGAACGACAACGACUCAGACGAUUUUCCCUCACCAAGAUUUAGGCGAAGCUCGUCCAUAGAGAAGGAAAGGCUGUUAUUUGAAUCCACCGUUUAA